AACCCUCAGUCACAUGUCCCCUUCCCGCAGCGCUUUACAGAAAUGUGUCCGUGCUUGUUGCCGGGGGAAGACACACACACACGGGGGGUACCACCCCAAGCCCUUAUUACAAUCCGCCUGUGACUGGCAACGAUCGCUAUCAGCCGGCUCAUGAUAUUGCCAUUAUUUCUUGUUAUCAGCCCCGCCCCAUAUCUGCUUAGCCCCGCCCCUUGGCCCGCUUAGCCCCGCCCCCCACGCUUCCCUUACAGUGAGAGAGUCGGUGGAAGCGCUAGUUUCCCAGUGAGAGAGUGCGGGAGCGGCAGGAGCAGCCUGAGUGGCGCAGCGCUAAUCUGCCCAGCGCGGUAUCGCUCAUUCCCAUUACCUGUUGUGUACAUGGCGGACUAAACUCCCCCCGACCCCCCGACCCCGGACGCCCAUGGCUACAGCGCUAUAUACAGACUCGCUGUGGGAAAGGAAGUAGCGACAACUCAGCCUUUAGUCGCGCUGCUGGCGACUCGGUGCUUCAGAACGUGAUGCGACUGCAGCCUUGCAACAUGUGUGCCUUGCAAAGCCAGCCUUUGGGAGAAUCGCAUACGUUUCCCUACAGACUGUAAUAACUUUCCACAUCGGACGAUCGUUAGAUUUUACAGAUUUUAUUCAUUAGUAUUUUUUUUUUGUAAUCUGAAUGAUAAUUUUCCUCCAGUUUAUUCGCAAAGUCGAUAUUUUUCCCAAAAAAGAAAAAGUCCCGUGUUUGUUGGCAUUUGUGUGCGACUGAAACAUCUGUAGGGAUGAGCUGCCUGCUCAGUCACACACACACCCCCCUCAGGGAAGAGCCGUUCCUCAGCAGCUACAGACUGGUGGGCAAGGAGCUGGGCAGGGGGAAGUUUGCGGUGGUCAGGAAGUGCGUGGAGCUUUCCAGCGGGAAGGAGUACGCCGCCAAGUUCCUGAGAAAGCGCAGAAAAGGCGAAGAUUGUCGCAGCGACAUCAUCAACGAAAUCGCCAUCCUUGAAAUGGCCCGGCUCUCCCCGUAUGUGGUGGAUCUACACGAGGUGUAUGAGACCAACAGCGAGAUCGUCCUGGUCAUGGAAUAUGCGGCUGGCGGGGAAAUCUUCGAGCAGUGUGUGGCCGACCAGGACGAGGCUUUCACCGAGAAGGACGUUGUCCGACUGAUCAGCCAGAUUUUGCAGGGGGUGUUGCACCUACACAGAAGCAACGUUGUUCAUUUAGACUUAAAGCCACAGAAUAUCCUGCUGACGAGUAGCAGUCCCCUUGGGGAUAUUCGUAUCGUAGACUUCGGGCUUUCCAGACAGGUAGACGCCAUAAAGGAGAUCAGAGAGAUUCUGGGAACGCCGGAGUAUGUGGCCCCUGAGGUACUGAGCUAUGAGCCAAUCAGCACUGCAACUGAUAUGUGGAGUGUCGGGGUGCUGACCUACGUCAUGUUAACGGGGGUGUCCCCCUUCCUGGGAGACACCAAGCAGGAGACUUUCCUCAACAUUUCCCAGGUCAAUAUCCAGUACUCACAGGAGGACUUCCAGGGCAUCUCCGAGCCGGCAAUAGACUUCAUUAAGUCUCUGUUAGUCAAGAACCCAAGGAAGAGAAUCCGAGCGGAUCAGUGCCUGAAGCACCCGUGGCUCAAUUCUGCUACUGAGUCGGAACCAUUGAAGGAUACGGCCGUUGAGAAGGAAGAGAGGGAAGCGGAGGUGACGGAGGAAAUCGUUCUGUUGGCUGCUUACACCGUACAUUGCCCCUGCCGGCAGCUGGAGAGCCGGGACUCCCUGGAGAGUGAACUCAAGACCGUGAGGACUCAGUUUAAUGCACUUCAGGAGAUCCAGUCGGAGGUUGUCUGUUAACAAGUCAGUUUCAUGUACUUCGGCUGGAGAGUCAUCACUGGAAAUAGACCUGCUGGGAGGCUCCGCCUUAAUGAGGAACCAGGAGGGGUUUGGCCUUGCCGGGCACUGUAGCCCUACUGCCAGCUUGGGGCACUUCCUACAGGCUCCAUUAUUGGGCCUUACUGACCGACUGACUGGCCCAGGCUGGGAUUUAUAAUAGGCCAUUUUUAAAGGGACACUGUCAUAAUAUUUAUGGGGCACUUUUUAUCUCUAAAUGACACUGUUA